AACUAACAAUGCAUUCGAAGUUCUACUUGUAUGGCCCAAAGUGUCCACUCUGCAGAUCCACAUUAGAGGAUAAGCCUCAACAAUCUGCUGCUGGAGGAUCGAACCGACACUCGGUAAGCCCAACAACUAACUUAACACACGUAAAUGCAAGAGUAAGGAAUAGUCAUAUUUGUGUAGAACGAGCGGUCAGAGAAUUACGUCGUGUCUGGUAUGACAUAAUAAGUAGUGAUAGUGAUGAAGAUGACACAAAUAUUAGGAUGCCAAGACGCAGAGCUGUAGAUGUAACUACACAUACACCAGGUCAUGGAAGAUCAUACUCAACAGCACAAUUUCAAAAUGUUCAGCAGGAAACAGACACUGAUUUGAGUAUAAACAAUGAUUCGUCAUCUUCUAAUCAGCUCCAAGAUCUGAAUAAUUUGGUUGAAAAUGUGCAAGUAGGUAGAGAAACUAUGAAUGGUAUUUUAGAUGAGCUACAGAUUGCCCAAGAUUUAGCUGCUCAAGGAACCAGUCACGGAAGAUCACUUUCAACGGCACAAUUUAAUUAUAAUCAACAGCCACAGAUUGAUUUAACUGUUAACUGUUCAUCUUUAAAACAGCUCCAGAAAGUUAAUAUUUUAACUAAAACUUUCAAAAAGGUUGGUGAUACCUGGAUUAAUAUUAAAAAUGAGACAAAAACUUUAGUGCUUGAUGAGAUUGUUCGAGAUGCAUUAGAAACGAGCCAGAGUGGAUCACUAUCAACAGCACAAUUAAAUAAUGUUCAGCAGCAGUUACAGAUUAAUUUCACCGGUGAUAAUGUUAGCAACCAUAAUGACAAUAAUAUUACCAAUGGCACUAACAUUUUUAGUGAAACUAUGCAUGUGGCUGGUAAUACCACGAAUAUUGAGCAGACAACUCAAGAUUUUCGAUCAAUUGAAAACGAAAAUUUACACUUAAACAAUGAGACCACAAAUAGUGCAGUGCUCGAAGUAGAAUUGAUUACUGAUGUUAAUACCAAUGGGGAACUCGAUGAAGUUCAAGUUGUUAAUGCAAAUGAAGAACUCGAUGAAGUUCAAGUUGUUAAUGCAAAUGCAGUGCUCGAAGUAGAAUUGAUUACUGAUGUUAAUGCCGAUGGGGAACUCGAUGAAGUUCAAGUUGUUAAUGCAAAUCCGGAACUCGAUGAAGUUCAAGUUGUUAAUGCAGAGGAACUAAAUGAAAAUAGUUCAACUAACAAUGAAGAGAAAAUUUAAAGAAAAUUUUACUAAAGAUUUAUUUUAAUACAAAUUUUUAAUACUCUUUAACACAAUUUCUAA